CAAGUUUCGACGUUCAAUCUCAAUCAAAAAUCUCUAGCUAGCGUUAAACCUGGUGAUAUAUCACAAUGGUUGCUGCCUCGCUCAGAUCCAGCUGAUUUGCCUGACAUUUUGGUAGUCGGUACUCAGGAAUCACUCCAAUUACACCAAGCGCUUAGCAACUUCAACACAACCGACAACCUAAGACAGACAUCCUCAACUAUACACAGAACUUUAUCGAAAUACACUGAUUCAAGCAGCAUCGAUCCGAUAUACUCUUCAGUAUCACAGGCCGCAUUCUCUAACCUCACGCUACUCAUAUAUGCUCGUCCUAAGAUCUUGCCGUCUAUUGAAGGUACUACGACAUCUAGCGUCGGCUUUGGUGUUGGGAACAUCAUGUCUAACAAGGGCGCGGUGUCCACACGUCUUACAUUGACCAAUGGUGAGGUCUACACGUUCGUAAACGCUCAUUUGGCAGCACACGAUGAGUUCCUCGAGAGACGCAACCAAGAUUAUAGGACGCUAGUUAGUCGUCUCUCACCGUCUAUUUACGAUACCAACCAUUUGUUUGUCUUCGGUGAUUUGAACUACCGUCUAAAGGCCAAUCCAGAUCAGAAGAUAGUCGACUUGGAUAAACUCUCGAACGAUGACCAGCUUACUCAAGAAAUGCAGAAAGGUAAUACCAUGAUUGGAUUGCAAGAGGGUGAAUUCUUUUCUUUCCUUCCAACCUACAAGUAUCACGUUGGUACAGUCGAUGGUGUAAACAAUAAGCGAACACCAAGUUGGACAGAUAGAGUUCUCUAUGCUUCUUCAAGUACCGCUUCCAAGACAUUGUUCUAUGAUUCAUUCCCUAACAUCACGAUCAGCGAUCAUAAACCAGUGACAGCAAUAGUUAGUCUAGAUGAUGACAGCAAGUCGGCGCUGUCUAUCAAAACCAACGUGGAUUUCGAUCCUCAAGCAGAGUAUAAAGCUUAUCUCGGUUUAUUUGCUGACAGGUCAGUCGGUUAUGCUUGGGCUAGCUUAUAUACGUUGGGUUAUGGGGAUAGUCUGCGCGGAAGCAUUAUCACUCUCGCAGUGCUAUUCCUCAGUUACUACCUUGUACACUAAUCAAUUAUGAUGUUCUAUGUUUGGCAUGUAUCUAUCUACACAACUUCUAUACAUUAGUUAACUUCCUGACCUGCUUGCUUAAAUGCGUCAAGAGCGGCCUUAGCCUUGAGGCUCUCAAUACUGUCCCUUGCUUUUACGACACCUUGUCCAAAGUUGCUAGCUUGUCCCGAAACCACCAAGAGUGCACUAGCAUUCAUCAAUAUCCAGUCCUUCAAUGCGGCAAUCUCGACACCCUUAGGUAUAUCGUCAAAUGAUGGUGUUGACGCUGACAAGAUCGCUCUGAAGAUAUUGGCAUUGUUGGAUGGAGUACCGCUCUUGACGGCUGAUAAUGGAUGUGGUCGCAAACCAAAGCUAGCUGGUGAAACUGUGUAUUCCUUAACAUUUCCGUUUUCUAAUUCCCAAAUCUACUGUUUCGCCCUCGGGACUAAUCUCAUCCAUACCCUCCUUACCACGGACUACCAUGGCGCGCUCUACGCCGAGUCUGUUUAGUGCGUCGACGAAGACUGUCGCAAGUUCCCUUUUCGCAACACCGACGACCAUACGCGCUGGUUUUGCUGGGUUCAUCAAAGGACCAAGGAAGUUGAAAAUAGUAGGGAAGCCAAUUUCACGGCGUAGAGGUGCAACGUGUGCCAUCGCAGGGUGAUAAUUCGAUGCGAAAAGGAAAGCAAACUUGCUCUCUGAGAGUAUUGAAGGUAAGCGGGAAGGCUCGAUAGAGAGCGAACAACCAAGUGACAGCAAUAAAUCCGCUGAACCUGAUGCAGAAGAAGCUGAGCGUGCGCCUUUGUGACAGUCGCACCAGCACCUGCUGCUACAACAGCCGCACUCGUCGAUACGUUGAAUGUAUCCAGACCAUCUCCUCCUGUACCGACAAUAUCACAAGUUGGACUAACGGACGAUAAACCAUCAAUUUGUACGGAGUGACUACGCAUGACUGUAGCUGCAGCAGCUAUAUAUGCUGACUUUGAGUCAUAUUGCGUUAAUUUCAAUGCUGUUAAGAAUGCAGAUAUUUGUGCAGCUGUGUGCGAUUCCGGUCUAACGAUGUGUUCAAAUGCAGCACGCAUAUCGUCUUCACUGAAGCUAUCAGCGUCUGUCGUCAGCUUCUUUAAUAUUGGCUUGAAAGUAUCUGGUGUGAGUGCGUCCAUUGUGAAAGUUGAUAAGGAAGAAGGAAGAAGUUGAAAACUAGUCAGAAAUCUGAGUCAGCCAACGAAACACAGAAUAUAAACAAUUUCAGUUAAAAUGCCUUUCUCUAGUUGACAACCAAAAUGGAUGAUCCAACGAAGGAUUUUGCGAAUGAUCCACGCGUUAGUUUUGACAAAUCAAAGCAGAAUUGGGUUUUAGAGGACGAUAAUGGCAAUGAACUUGAGUGGGAUAGCAGAUCUAGGCGCUUUAUAAGUCUAGUCGGUAUUGAUGACAUGAAAGCUCAGCAAGCUACCUACUCUAUCCAAGGUGUAGAUGAGAGUACACCAGCGGACGUUAUAGCCAGACGUCAGGAGAAGAAGCGCAAGGACUAUACAUCUAAUAAUACAAAUACUGAGAAUAAGAAGCAGAAAGGUCCGCCCCCAAAGACCGCCGUCUUCGUUACUGGUUUACCCCCAGAUGUUAGUAUCGACGAAAUUGCAGAAGUGUUUGGUAAAUGUGGAGUACUCCUGCCUAACGACGAAGGUGGACCCAAGGUGAAGCUAUACAGGGACGACCAGGGUAAUUUCAAAGGCGAGGCUUUGGUUGUUUACUACAAAGAAGCGAGCGUCAGUCUAGCUAUACAGCUUCUAGAUGACACAGAGCUUAGAUAUGGGGAUGGUAGCUCUAUCAGGGUCUCAGUAGCUGACUUUAAGGCGGAUACAGCAAACGAACAAACUAAGCAAUCGAAACACAAGCCAUUGACAGAAGAUGAGAAGAGAAAGAAGCAGUCUAAAUUUAGGAAGCUUGAUGAGAAGCUCAAUGAUUGGGAUUCAGAAGAUGAAUCUGGUUUGGCGGACAAAUUGCCAUCUAAAGUAACAUCAAGGGUUGUCGUUUUGAAGCACAUGUUCUCACUAGAUGAGCUUAAAGAGGAUCCAACGUUGUUGUUGGAUUUGAAGGAGGAUGUCCGUGAAGAUGCUGAGCAGAUUGGUCAAGUUACGAAUGUCGUACUCUAUGAUGCCGAACCUGAAGGCGUGAUGACUGUCAAAUUCUCUGAUCAUAUCGCCGCACAAGCGUGUGUUCUUAAAUACGAAGGCAGGUUCUUUGGUGGUAGGAGAGUAGUCAGCUACCUUUAUGAUGGCAAGGAGAGCUUCAAGUCUAGCCAAACUGCAAACAAGUACGCUGAGACAACAGAUCAAGAUGAAGAACAAAGACUUAACGAAUUUGGUAAAUGGCUAGAGAAAGAUGAUUAACGAAUAUAUUGUCUAUAAUGUAUCAUAUAAUAAUAUUUCAA